AUGGCGUCGUUCUCGCUUCCAGUGGUGCAGGACACUCCCAGCUAUUGGGGUCCCGCAGUCCAGGACACCACCGAUGCCUCUGCCACAUCCACCUCUGCAAGCGACUCUCGCUCCAACGGCCACGGCCCAACACUCUCUCCCUCCGCUUCCAGCUCCGCAUCCGUCUUGCCUCCCGAAUUCAGAGACAUUCCCUUUGUGCCCUUUGCAAAGGUGAGAGACUUGGGGGGGUGGGGGAGGGCAGUGAUCAUGCACGUGACUGCGCUCACCUGCGCACAUGCUGAUGAUGAUUGCAAACACACCCCGCCCAGUCGGACAAGAUUGGCCGCAUCGCUGAUUGGAAUUCCAGCGCAGACGCAAGUUCCCUUGCGGGCGACAGACCUUUGCGCGGUGGAAGAUCGGGUCGAGGCGGAAGGGACGGAGGCACAGCCCAAGUGUAUGGCGCAAAUGCUGGUUCCGCAUUCGCCUACUUUCAUGGCGAAGAUGAGGCCACAUUUAGCGUCGUGGACAAUGCAAAGACGACUACGAAAUCUCGCGGUGGCUUGACCUCCUUUUCCCGCGGUCGCGGUGGUGCUAGAGGUGGAGCGCGAGGCGGGGCGAGGAAUGUGGCUGCUGGCGCUCGUGGUGGAAGAGGCGGUGCCAGUGCUGGCAGAGGCGGUCCUGCCGGUCGAGGUGGACCUGGUGGAGCUGCACGUCGCGGCGGCUGGAGGGAUUGGGACAAGCCUCAACGUACGCGCGAGCCGUCUGUCGAUGUGGGCGACGACUGGGAGCAGCUCGAGGAAAUCGACUUUUCCCGAUUGGCCAAGCUCAAGCUCGAUGUCGAGGAUCCAGAGGAUUUGUGAGUGUGUGUGUGUGUGUGUGCGCGGGUGUGCGCGGGUGUGCGCGGGUGUGCGCGGGGGAUCGCCUGCGCCAGUGUUCCUUCUCACUCUGCUCCCUCUUUGCGCCUUCUCACUCGAACCCCCCUCCCCUCCAUGCACAGGUCCGCCCACGGUACGCUGUACGAGUACGACCGAAGCUACGAUCGCAUCUCUUCUGUUCGAUUCGAAAAGGCUUUGCAGCCAAUCGACCGGGUGCGCUACAAUCCCAGCACGCGCGACGACCCCAUCCUCGCAGAUCUGGCAGCCAAGCCCUCGCAGGCGGCGGCGGAUGCAGGAUCAGCGCCCGUGCGAAUUUUUGCGACGGACAGCAUCCUCGCGCUGCUCAUGAGCGCCACUCGCAGCGUCUACCCUUGGGAUCUCGUCAUUACUCGAGACGCUCAAGGCAACGUGUUCCUCGACAAGCGCGAAGGAGGCGCCUUUGACUUUGUCAGCGUCAAUGAGAACGCCGCCGAGCCUCCCUUGGAGCUUGCGGAUGCGGCUGCGCUGGAGGGCAAGGAUGCGGCCAACAAGAGCAGCAACAAUACGGCUGCCGCGUCCAUCAAUACGCCCGGCAAUCUCAGCUUGGAAGCGACCUACAUCAACCAAAACUUUGCCAGCCAAGUGGUCAACGAAAAAAAGAGCAAGACGCUGGCUGGCGGAGCGAAUCCCUUUUACGAUUCCAGCGCAGAGACGGAGCGACUGGGUUCGUGCGGCUACCGCUACCGCAAAUUCGACGUCAGCGCAAGCUCAGAGGAGCAAGUGGAGAUCUACCUGCGCACAGAGGUGGACGCGUUCAUUCCUGGCGCGACCAAGAGCGCUGCGCCGCAAUUCAUCACCAUCAAGACGCUCAACGAGUUUGACAGCAAGGCUCCUGGUGCUGGAGGUGCGCCGGAUUGGAGGACCAAGCUGGAUUCGCAGAGAGGCGCAGUCGUAGCUACAGAGAUGAAGAACAAUAGCGCCAAGCUUGCGCGCUUUGCCAUUCAGAGCAUCCUUGCGGGCGCUGACAAUAUGAAGAUGGGGUGAGUAGCGAGCGAGCGAGCGUGUGGAUGAGGGGCAAACAGUUCUGAUUCGCGUCCUGCAUACCCCCCCACUCGACGCAGAUACAUUUCUCGAGCCACACCUCGCGACACUUCGCGACACGUCAUCUUGGGAACGCAAUGGUACAAGCCCAAGGAAUUUGCAGCGCAGAUCAAUCUCAACCUGGCCAACGGGUGGGGCAUCGUUCGAACGAUUGCGGAUCUGGCUCGCAAGCACGCCAGCUCGAGGGAUGGGCAAGGCGUGA